AUGAUCUGGAUUCAUCUGAUUGGAAUUUUCAUGACUGUUUGGAUAGUAAGAUGUACCCAUCUUUCAUACACCAUAGAACAAUACAAUACUUUGAGAGAUUCUCUCCUUGCUAAUUAUUCUAGCAAGACCCGUCCAAUCAAGAAUCAGGGACAAUCUUUACAAAUGCAGAUGAGUUUAUGGAUUUCCAGUAUUAAUGACGUCAGUGCUGUGAAUCAGAAGAUGGUGACGACAGCUUACCUAAAUGUCAAGUGGAAAGAUGAAAUAAUUACCUGGAAUUCUGCAAACACGGGGAUCUAUUGGAUUCAGUUUAAUCAGAAUGACCUCUGGAUACCUGACCUUGUAUUGAAGAACGGGUUCACUGAAUUCAAGCCCCUCGGUGGGAAAUUCUACUAUGUGUUUGUGGACUAUGACGGUACUAUCCACUGGUACCCCUAUAUGGUAUUUGAAUCCAUAUGCGACAUCGAUAUAUCACAUUAUCCUUUCGAUAAACAGACGUGCAAUAUUAUCUUCAAAACGUGGAGUUACACUAGAUGGGAAAUAAAUUUGACAGUUUCUGCUGAAAAGGUUGGAUUUUAUGAAUUUGUACCAAACAGCGUCUGGGAGGUGACGUCAACUGACGCGACAUUCAACUUGCUAAGUUCCCAAACAGACGUAACGUUCGUUAUCAAUCUUCGUCGGAAAUCUUUGUAUUAUGUCUUAAAUUUGAUCCUCCCUAUUCUUCUACUAAACAUUUUGAAUCUUUUUGUGUUUAUAAUCCCUGCCGACACUGGUGAAAAGAUGGGUUUUGCUGUGACUAUAUUUCUUACAUUUGCUGUCUUCUUAACGAUGGUUAGUGGUGAACUGCCUAUAAAUUCGGACAGCGUUUCCAUUUUAAGCAUAUAUUUGAUAAUACAGCUAAUAAUUUCUGUUUUAAUUCUCAUGAUUACUUCUUUGCAACUUCGAUUACACCACAGAUCUUCUAAAAGGCAAAUAGGAAGGGCAUAUCACUCUUUGGUACAAACAGAAAGACGUCUCAGAUGUGAACCCAUCAAAAAUGGUUCAGAAUUAGGAUGCUUCUCGGGAAAGUGUGCAAACUGUUUGAAAACUCGAAUAAAAAGAAUCGAUGUCAAAGAAAGAGAGAGAAAGCGAGAUAAAGAAAAGGAAAAUGUGGAAGAAGAGGAGUCCGAGCUAGAAACAACGUGGAACGAUGUUUCAUCUGCAAUAGACUUUUUCUCCUUUUGGGUUUUUCUAUCUUUAGAAUUUGUUAUAACGACUACUAUUUUUUCUUAUGCUUCUUCAGAUUGA